UAUGUUCUCCUGACGGCAGGACAAUCUCUUCCUCCUCCCUAUAUGAGAUCACUGAACGGAAGUUCGGCCUCUUUCCGGCAGGGAACCUAAGGCAGGCUGGUUGGCGGCCAUGAAGCUCAAUAUUUCUUUCCCAGCCACUGGCUGCCAGAAGCUCAUUGAGGUGGACGAUGAGCGCAAACUGAGGACCUUCUAUGAAAAACGUAUGGCCACGGAGGUCUCUGCUGAUCCUUUGGGUGAAGAAUGGAAGGGAUACGUUGUGCGUAUCAGCGGAGGAAAUGACAAGCAAGGGUUCCCCAUGAAACAGGGUGUCCUCACUCAUGGACGUGUCCGUCUGCUCCUCAGCAAAGGUCACUCUUGCUACCGCCCUAGGAGGACUGGCGAGCGAAAACGCAAGUCUGUGCGUGGUUGUAUUGUGGAUGCAAACUUAAGUGUGCUGAACCUGGUUAUUGUCAGGAAAGGUGAGAAAGAUAUUCCCGGCCUUACUGACAAGACUGUUCCUCGUCGCCUGGGUCCAAAAAGGGCCAGCAGAAUCCGCAAGCUCUUCAACCUCUCUAAAGAAGAUGAUGUCCGCCAGUAUGUGGUCAGGAAGCCUCUCACUAAAGAAGGCAAGAAGCCAAGAACCAAGGCCCCAAAGAUCCAGCGUCUGGUAACUCCAAGAGUGCUUCAACAUAAGCGUAGACGUAUCGCCCUGAAAAAGCAGCGUACAAAGAAGAAUAAAGAGGAGGCAGCAGAAUAUGCCAAGCUGUUGGCUAAGAGAACAAAGGAGGCUAAGGAGAAGCGCCAGGAGCAGAUCGCCAAGAGACGGAGACUAUCAUCUCUGAGAGCCUCCACAUCAAAAUCUGAAUCCAGCCAGAAGUAAUCCUUAUGAUUUAAAUAAAGACAUUUUCUUGUAAAAGA